CGUACCGGUGAACUGGGAGGAGUCAGACGCCAAGUGCCGAGAGUUUGGCGCCAACUUAACCAGCAUCGCCGACCAAGCAGAAAUGGAGUUUCUCCACCUGCUUUUGGUCACCAACGUUGUCGUCAAACGCAUCACAGACCCGAUGCUUUUCAUUGGAAUGUACGAUACCUACCAUGAACGACAAACGGGCGGACACAUGGACCGAAACUUCGUCUGGACCGAUGGUAUUCCGGUGACUUACACAGACUGGUCACCCAUGGAUGUCAGAACCUGGUUCCCACAGCCGGACGGCGCCAAGAUCAACUUCUGCGUUGCCAUAGUGAUGAAGAACGUCUGGGGAACUGACCAGUGGUACGACGUGGCCUGUGAUGAUCGGGCCACACGGUCCUUCAUCUGCAAGCGGGCGGCCAGAAGAGUGACCCGUCCGGGAGACCAUGGCUAAACAAAUUUAUCUAUUGAUUUAUUUGAAUUCACCAAAAAGAGUAACGGAGAGAGCAACAAUGAGUGCGGACGCACCUUUGCAAGUUGCCCUCCAGCGCAUAUAAACACUACAACAUCAACUGUACAAUAUUGAUAUCCUAGCAGCAUAUACCAACAUAUCAAAAUAUAAAGUGCAUGUAAAAUAGCAAGGCAUAACCAGGAUAUGAUGACACGAAAUUAACGUGCCAAGAAGUUAGCGCCGCCUUGAGGCUACACACGAACUACACCCACAAGAGGUGGUCCAAGUAUAAGGAACUUCCAACGGUACAAAAGACUGAGAAACGACACAGUUAGGGAAAAUCGAAAGAAGAAGAGAGCCUUUUACAAAGAGCAGUUAGAGGCACACAGCAGUAAUAAUAACACCAAGCAACUCUGGAAUGUGAUAAACAGUAUGCUGGGUAGAAAGACUUGUAAAACACCCAACUUCAUAGAAUCAGAUGGACAGAUAUGGACCAAACCCAGUGAUAUUGCCACAUAUUUCAAUGAUUACUUCAUUAACAAGGUAAACAAUCUCACACAUGAAGGACAACUAGACAUGGAAGAAGCACUAACACCAAUUAAGAGGAACAUAAUGGCCUCAAAGAAUUGCUCCUUCUCUUUUCAAUCUGUCACUGAAGAGCAGGUAAAGGUGCUACUU